AUUCCAACUCGACUGGGGAUUUCCAUGUGAAUAACAAAUCACAGCUCGUGUAACCGAAUAUUCCGAUUUUUCCUCCGCUUUAUAUAUAUGAAAAAGCUUUUGACUUUUAAUCCUUUGCGGGGAGAUCUUCAUCUUCUUUUCUAUUGAUUUCUUUUUCGGGUUGAAUUUUUGAUCCGAAGUAAGAAAUUCAAAAGCAAUGACGGGAGAAGGUGUCCCUGAGCGGAGAGAUUCUCCUCCCAGAGAAGCUUCGUCGGGGGAAUCGAAGCCGCCGGCGUUUUCCUCUUCUUUUCCGGCGCCGGUUCCGGCGGAUGAAUCUGUGAUGACGACCAGAUCCAAGGAUUCCGGUCCCACACCCUCGUGGUUCACUCCCGGAAGGUUGCUCGUCAUCUUUUGUGUCAUUAACUUGUUAAAUUAUGUGGAUCGAGGAGUGAUAGCAAGCAAUGGUGUCAAUGGAAGCCAGAGGAAGUGUGAUGAUAAGGGGGUAUGCACCCCUGGAAGUGGAAUUCAGGGGGAGUUUAACUUGAACAACUUUCAAGAUGGUCUUUUAUCAUCUGCAUUUAUGGUUGGACUUCUUGUGGCUUCUCCAAUAUUCGCUGCAUCAGCAAAGAGUGUCAACCCUUUUAGACUGAUUGGGGUCGGUUUAACUGUUUGGACCAUUGCUGCUGCUGGUUGUGGGUUUUCCUUCAACUUUUGGAUGAUUGCUGUGUGUAGAAUGCUUGUAGGCGUUGGCGAGGCAUCUUUCAUCAGUCUUGCAGCACCAUUUAUAGAUGACAAUGCCCCCGCUGCUCGGAAAAGUUUCUGGCUUGGACUGUUCUACAUGUGUAUACCAUCAGGGGUAGCUCUGGGCUAUGUGUACGGUGGAUAUGUUGGGAACCAUUUAAACUGGCGCUGGGCAUUCUACAUAGAGGCAAUCCCGAUGUUUUUCUUUGCCAUUUUGUCAUUUUGCAUUAAACCACUUCAGCUGAAAGGUUUUGCUCCUGUUAGUUCAAAGAAAGCAUCAACAUCCAUUGAAACAGUGGCUCCUACGGCCGAAGAAGAAGUUGAAAACGAAAUCUCACAGUCAAGAGGUUCAUCGAGAAGACGGAACCCCAUUGUCCAGUUCGUACUAGACUUGAAAGUUCUUUGCCUCGAGAUAGUUUUUGUCGUUAAUGUUCUCGGCUACAUCACCUACAAUUUCGUAAUUGGAGCAUACUCAUAUUGGGGCCCGAAAGCUGGUUAUGAUAUAUAUCAAAUGCAAAGUGCAGACAUGGUGUUCGGAGGCCUUACAAUCGUGUGUGGGAUAGUUGGAACAUUAGCCGGUAGCUACGUUCUUGACAAAAUGUCUGCUACACUCUCUAAUACUUUCAAGCUUCUGGCAGCAUCGACUUUCCUCGGUGCAGCAUUCUGUUUCGCCGCCUUCUGUAUGAAGAGCAUGUAUGCUUUCAUAGCUCUCUUUGCAGUUGGUGAAAUCCUAAUCUUUGCACCGCAGGCUCCAGUCAACUUUGUCUGUCUACAUUGUGUCAGACCAAGUUUGAGGCCGCUGUCAAUGGCCAUGUCCACUGUCUCGAUCCACGUGUUUGGCGACGUCCCUUCCUCUCCUAUUGUCGGUGUUAUUCAGGAUCGCAUUCACAACUGGAGAAAAACCACCCUUAUUCUUACGUCGAUUCUCUUCCUGCCCGCCAUCAUAUGGUUUACAGGGGUCUUCCUCAAGAGUGUGGACAGAUCCAACGAGGAGAGCGAAGAUGACGCUGACGUCACCACACAACCCACUCUCCACAGUGUUUGAGGCCAAACC